AUGGAAGCCCGCAACGUGUGGGUCGCUUGGCUUGCGCUCGAAACAUUGAAGGCCCCCCUUUGCGGGUCUUUCGUGCUCCAACAAGCCCCGCCCCCCGGCCGCACCAAAUACGAACCGGCGGCGGGCUCCCGCUGCUCCGCAGCAACUCCUCGGGCGCGCUGCUCUUGCUCGCGGGGCCUCCACGACCCCCUUCUUCGCCCGCUUCUGCGGAGCCCCCGAGCAUCCUCCUCCGCCAUAGCACCCCUCUCGGGAACGGCCGACGACGACACCCUAGGCAGAGAUGGGGUUGGGAAGGCCGGGGACAAGCCGCCAGCCGCCUCCAGCGGCAGCUCGCACGAAACGGGCGGUGUAGGUACAGCAACGGGUGAGGCGGCGGUGGGGACCGAUGUGGCCACGGAGACGCGGCGCCUCAUGUCGGAGCCGACGAUCGACAUCAAGCUCGAGCUGCAGAUGCGGGGCGUGGAGCACCGCGACGCGUUCGAGAAGGCGGAUCUCGCCAGGCGUCUCGCCGAGGCCCGCGUUUCUUCUUGCGGCAACAACCCUUCCCCUUCCCCUGAUGACGAUGAUGCGACUACUACUGCUACUACUACUACUACCACAGCGGCAGGACGCGACUUCGGCGGUGCCGCCGCGGACGGGCCGAGAGAGAACGCGCAUCGAAGCAACAAGGCAUCGACGAUGAUGGGCAACGAACCACAAGCAGCGGCGGCAACGGCGGUAGCCACAGAAGGCAGGGGGGCUGCACCGGAUGGUGGUAGUAAUCGCGCGUACGCCCGCGACGUGGCGAGGGGGACGCGCAUGGGGAAGGCCGCCCUGGCGCGGGAGCUGAACGGGAUGGGGAUCGCGCACUCGCGCCUGUCGGACUUGUCCGUCCUGGCUCGCCAGUACGCCGCCAGGCGGCAGGAGGCGCGGGAGGACGCGCGUCGAUUUCCACCCAGCUCCGCACGGGCCGGCAGCAGCUCUUCUGCGGAGGAGGACGGCGAGGGCGGUGGUGAAGGGCGGCGAGAGGGCAAGAAGGGCUCGGGUUGGCGGCGGGGGGGCGGGGAGGAGGAGGAGGAGGAGGGGUGGGGUGAUGCGCGAGGGCAACGGGCCGCUUCUGGGCUUCCUUGGAGGUUCGGCAAGGAGGAGGAGGACGAAGACGAAGAGGAUGAGGCGGCGGGGGUGGGGGAUGCCGAUUUUCCGCUUGGAGGAGGCGGUAGGGAUGAUGUCGGCGAAGACGGCAGGUCCGAGACGGGCUGGUCGACUCGCGCCAACGCUGGGAGCGCCGCCACUGCCGAUGGCGGCGGCGGCGGCGACAAGGAGCGGAGCAGGAAGGCGGUCCUCCACGCCCGGGCCGACCGCAUGAGCUCCCGCGAGCUCAUGAAGGCCCUGGACGGGCUGGGCGCGCGGUACAGGAUCCCGGCGCCGCGGGCGGAGCUCCAGCAGGCAUUCGUGUCCGCGGUGUUGGCGGCGGAGGAGGACGAGCGCAGCCAGGCCGACGCUACGGCGGCGGCGGCGGGGACAAGAGGGAAGAAUAUUGUCGCGGUCAGCCCGUACGACACGCCGAUCGAGGAAGGCGACGGGGGGCUCCGCGGUACGCAGGGGUUUGGCACGUACCACUCCGCUCUCCGGUGGGCGCGGCAGCUGAACUUCGACGACGUGCUGGACGAGCUGAGGUACAGGGGGGUGGAGCAGAGCCCCAGGGCCGACUAUAGCUACUUGACUCGGCUGCUGGCGGACGAGGUGCUCGCCGACGAGGAGCUCAUGGGAGGGGAAGGCGGACCGGAAGGAGCAGACGCGUACACGGCGGAGUUAGAGGCGGCUAUGUCCAUGAGCGCCCAGGAGAUGAUCCGUGACCUUCGCGCUGGCGGAGAGAUUGCCGACGUUACGCUUAGCAAGGAAGCGCUCGCCGAAAGGCUGGCCGAGAUGAAGCUGCGUCUCCGCGGGGAGCCGCUGCCCCACAGCGGAAGCAGCGCCUCCUACUACUACCGCGAAAGCCCACCACCGUCGCAAGGCCGGGCACGCGGCGGCGGCGGCGGCGGCGGCGGCAGCGCGGAGGCUAGAGGACCGGCGGACCCGCUCGGCCGCCGUGACGACGAUGAAGACGUGCUGCUGGAGCUGGAGGAGGCGGCCAAGUCGGUCGGGGGCGCGGCCCUCCUGGUCGCCAGAGAAGCGGCGGCCUUCGUCUCCGAAACCGCGGCCGGCUUCUUCCCCCCCCCCGCCGCCGACAACGACAACGACGGAGGGCGGAGCGCUUCGCCGUCGGCAGCGGGGAGAGCGGGGCGGGGAGCGGGCGGCGGCGGCGGCGGCGGCGCGCAAGAGACGGAGCGGUCGCGGCAGGUGCGAGCCGCGAGGCAGCGGGCGGGCGGAGUGCGGAGGGCCGCGACGGGGUAUGCCCAGAGCUCGGUCAACCGGGCCGGGUUCGCGGUCCUGCAGAGCCUGGCGAACGGCCUGCUGAGGGGCGCGGAGGCGGCGGCCGACUGGGCGGGGGACGGCGCGCUCGCCCGCGAGUUCGGCCGCAUCGCCGCCCAAAAGCUGGUCUUGGAGGGGUGGAAGAUGGAGCGGGCGAAGAGAAGGCGUGCUACGGAAGGCGGCGGCGGCGGCGGUAGUAGUACCGCUGCUGCGGUGGAUGGGGACGGCGCGACCGGAUCGAGGCGAGAUACGUCAGGGUACGCUGCUGCUCCCGCUGGCCGCCGCCGCCGCCGGCCGCGACCCGAAAGGGAGACGGAGACGAGGCGCCCUCGGCCAAAGGGUGCCAGCAAGAAGAAGGGGAAAGAACGGGGUUCGGCGCGAAGGACCAAGAAGCCCGCGCGAAAACCCCUGUGGGAAGAAUCGGACGACGACGACAGAGGCUGUGUGGUGAUGUGA